GGACUCAUGGAGCUAGAAUCUGGGUCCAAUGGGACAGACGUUACUGAGUUCAUCCUGGUGGGCUUGGUGGAGAUACCAGGACUUCAGCUGGUUGUCUUUGUGCUCUUCCUCUUAGCCUACCUGGUCACAGUUGGGGGCAACCUCAGCAUCCUGGCAGCCAUCCUGGUGGAGCCCAAACUCCACACCCCCAUGUACUUCUUCCUGGGGAACCUAUCAGUGCUGGAUGUUGGGUGCAUCAGUGUCACUGUUCCCUCCAUGUUGGGUCAUCUCCUGUCCCACAAGAGUACAGUCCCCUAUGGAGCCUGCCUCACUCAACUCUUCUUCUUCCAUCUGCUGGCUGGGAUGGACUGCUUCCUGUUGACAGCCAUGGCCUAUGACCGAUUCCUGGCCAUCUGCCGGCCCCUCACCUACAGCACUCGCAUGAGCCAGACAGUCCAGAGGACAUUGGUGGCUGUGUCUUGGGCUUGUGCCUUCACCAAUGCACUCACCCACACUGUGGCCAUAUCCACACUCAACUUUUGUGGUCCCAAUGUGAUCAACCACUUCUACUGUGACCUCCCACAGCUCUUCCAGCUCUCCUGCUCCAGCACCCAAAUCAAUGAGCUGCUGCUCUUUGCUCUGGGUAUCCUCAUGGCAGGUGCACCUGUGAUUCUCAUCGUCACCUCCUAUAUCCAUGUGGCAGCUGCAGUCCUGCGAAUCCACUCUGCCAAGGGCAGGAAGAAAGCCUUCUCCACAUGUGGCUCCCACCUCACUGUGGUGGGCAUCUUCUAUGGGACAGGCGUCUUCAGCUACAUGCGUCUGCGUCCAGCGGGGGCUUCAGACAAGGAUAAGGGGAUUGGUGUCCUCAACACUGUCAUCAGCCCCAUGCUGAAUCCACUCAUCUACAGCCUUAGGAACCCUGAUGUGCAGGGUGCCCUGCGGAGGGUGCUCACAGGGAAGUGA